UUAAAUCUCGUCAAGUGGUGCAACAAGCGCGCGAACGCACGAACUGCUUUCCCGGAUAACGGUGCGUCAAUAAACGCCACAUUGUACGAAUUCUGCGAAACUGCGACGAUAAAUAAUAAGAAUAUUACUCGUCUCGCGGUAAUGGCGGUUAAACGGUUUUCUGCUGCGAAAUUAUUAGACAAUAUAUCGUCGAGAUGCGUCGUCGUGCUCCGUCAGCGCGUACACAUCUCGUCUACGUUUACCUAUCGUUGCACGAUUGAAUUGUAAUUAAUUAUCUCGCUUUCCUUCCGGAAAAGCUCGUGGCACACGUCGCAUAGCGCUCCCGACUUAUUUAGCUAUCUGAGAAUAAAUAAUCGCGUUACUCUGCUCGCUGUUAAUAUGCGCCGUGGAAACAAAAAACAACGCGCAGAGCCGCAGAGAAAAAUGCUAAAUACCAGAGAUUACCCAAGAGCAUGCAACUAUCUAUUUACAUUAUUGCGUAAUGCGAGCGCACAGAGGUAAUUAACGGAAUAAUUAAUCGGCGCGCAACAAGACGCCGCGUCGGCUCUUUAAACGCCGCAAAUCCAUCUCGGGGAAUUAAACAGGCGGAAAAAAGUUGGCACCAGCCGACCAACUUCAUUCGAUAUAUCCCUCGCGUAUAACGUUACGUCGCGUUAGGCCAUAUUCCGUUUCUGCCGUUUCAUUGCAAAACUAGGCACGGUAUAUUCCGUUACGCGAUAUCGCAUUGUGUCAUUGUGUGAGACAUAUAGGUAAUCCCUUAAUGAUCGUUCGCGAGAGAGACACGAGAGUACUCCCCGGUAAAACAUCGAGAAACGGUUACUGAGUUUUGUCAAGUUAAUGUUACGUUGAAAACUUGAUCUCCAAAAAUUUUAAAUUAAAUAAAAAGAUGGGAAAUAUCGAGCAGGAAAUAUCGUGCUAUAAAAAUUAUUUUCCAAGUUACGGUAAAAUGCUUCGAUUUUUAUGUCCUUGUAUGUAAUAUAUACCGUCUAUUACUUUGACAUCUUAAAGUUGAUCACACAUAUAUAUACAUGUAAAAGGAAAAUCAAUGUCUGAAUAUACUUCUAUUCCUGAUUCCUGUGCGUAAUCUGAAACGUCAUCAUCAUCACAUUUAUCAUCAUUUCUCUUUUAUUUUGUACGUCAUAACGUUAGGGUUAUACGUAACCUUUUUGUAAUUAAUUCUCGUUUAGAUUUUUGUGGAAGCGACUAUGAAACAAGUACUUGAAAUUGAGGGAAGCGCGACGAUACAAGAAGGUAUUGCACGUUCUUGGUACCGAAAAUCACAUAAUUAUUAUGAGCCAUCAGAACAAAUUACAAGAGAGGAUCCAGAAUUGUCGCGUUUCAAUGCAGAUAUCGUACACGGUAGAAAGAAUAUCAAAGACGAAUUAGGUGUAUCAGACAUUUUACGUGAUUUUGAUUUGAACGAGCAAGAGGUUUUCCGGUGGCAAUGUUUACAAGAUUUAAAUGAUUUUCGUCGAAAACUCAAAAAACGCAUGCCGGAAGUGCCAUUCUUGGACAUGGAGGAUGAGUUUUCUCGUCUGGACAAGAAUCAUGUCGGGGUUCUACCUGAAGAUGAGGUUUUCCUGAUUUUUGACCGGCAUCGCAUAUAUCCAAACAAGAAAUUUCUCGUACCGUUAAUGGACAAAUUGCAGUUGCGUGAAGAUGGAAAUGUUAAUUACAGGGACGUGCUGAAGCUUUUGAAUUGGAAGCACAGUUUACCCGUUCUACCAACGAUAAAACAAUAAGCGUCAGUGGCGAGUCCAGAUUGUACUACAUCAUAUAAUGACAGCAUAAGAAAUAUUCAGACAACUGAUAGCGCAAGUAUAUAUCCAGACAAGGAGAACUUGGGCGAUCAAACCUCCGUUCAUUGCUUAAUAUCGCCCAGCAUAUUCACAAGAUACGGCUUGACACAUAUAGAUUUUUUCAAGACUCGCGACAAGGAAGAAAUACGAAGCAUAUUCGUGAACAUUGGUUUCGAAUUUCCAGAGGAUAGUUUUGAUACGCUUUGGCAGGAAGGACGGAGGAAGGAUUGCUGCACCGACGGCGUGUGCGUGGAAACAUUUCAAGAGUUACUCGCCACGUUGGGUCUCGUGGCAAAGAAAAUUACAUGUAGCUAGGAUAUAAACAAAAUCUGUCUU